AUGCAGCAUCCAAUUCAACGCCUCCUCUAUGUCCCCGAAACUAGCACAUUAUACACCUGCACAGGUCCACACAUCCAUUCAUUCAACGCGCGCAUAGGUGAGUCGUUAGCGAAAUGGACCGCGCCUGCGGCUGUGCGACAAGUGAAGAAGAAGAAGGGGGGGAAGAAUAACGGAAAUGGUGGUAACGUUGCUGGAAAGAAGCGGAAGAGUGGGGAUGAAGGCGUGGAGGGGGAGGAGGAAGUGAAGGACACUGGGGAGGAGGAGGGAGAGGAAGAGGAAGAUGUAGAGGGGGAAGGGAGUGAUAAUAACAACAGUAGCAGGAUAAUUUCCGCCCGGGCCGGGAAGUACAUCGUCACUGUUACGAACGAGGAUAAGGCUGUGAGGGUUUUAGAUGGUGACGGAUUGGCGGAAUUGAGCUCUAGGUGUUAACGCCCCCCUCCCCACAUCAAUCUGCAAGCUCUAUAAUAGCUAAUUCACAAAAACAAAUAGAAUAAUGCCCAAAAGACCCUGCGCCCUUGCACUCACGGACUCCGACACCACAAUCCUCGUCGCCGAUAAAUUCGGUGACGUAUACUCGCUCCCACUCCUCCUUUCCCCAGAAGCCGCCCCCGCCGUGCCCCCCGCAACCACGCCCAAAGACUCGGGAUCGAAGCGCCACCGCACAGAAAUCAUCCAUGACCUACCUUUCGCGCACAAACUCCUCCUAGGGCACGUAUCCAUGUUGACGGACCUGCUAUCAGUCACCACCACCACACGGGAGGGGCAGAAGAGAAAGUAUAUCAUAACAGCGGAUAGGGACGAACACAUACGGGUCUCAAGGUACCCACAGAGUUGGGUGAUUGAGGGGUUCUGCCUGGGACAUACAGCGUUCGUUUCAAAGGUUUUGGUGCCGGGGUGGGCACCGCAAGAGGUGAUUUCUGGUGGGGGGGAUGUUUGGUUGGGGAGGUGGAGAUGGGCGGACGGGAAGUGCUUGCAGAGGAUUGAGGUUGCUAGGGUGUUGGAGGAGAUUGUUGGAAGGAAGGUUGCAGUCGGGAAGGAAGGUGGUGACAGUGGCAGUAGUAGGGAGGGGACGGAAGGGCAGGAGGGAGGAUACAAGGUCAAGGAAGAGGUGUGUAAGCCAGCUGUUGUGGGGAUUUGGGAGGUGCCCGAGAGGAAGGCUAUUAUCGUGGCGUUUGAAAGGUACAUCAUACCACUCUGUUCCUUCCUUUUGAAGAACCGGGUGGGCGACAGCACCGCACCCAAAUUCCCAUAACUUUAUUUGCUUUUCUGGUACCACUUGCACAUUUUGUCUCUCCCCUCUCCUACCCAACACCGCAUCAUCUCCGCCACCUUGUGCCUCGGGCGCCCGUAUUGGGUCAUAUCAGCGAUCUAUUACACAUGCUGACCUACCCCCAAAACAGAAUCCCGGCCCUCAUCCUCUUCGCCACCCAAUACCAAGCCUUAACCCACCACACCACAAUCCCACUACCCGGAAACCCCCUAGACCUAACCGUUGACCCUACCUCAAGUUCGUUCUGGGUAUCCCUAGCUCCUUCCUCCACCACCGCCACCUCCGACUUUCCACUGCUACAGCACAUAACACUCGCCGCAAACAACGAGUGGGAAAACACUACAAAGGGCGACAAGACUGCCCGCGCGGUCUCGGAGGAAAUUUCCAAGGUUCGUUAUGUGGGAGAUGUAAAGAUCCUCAAUGAGGGGCUGUUGUACACGACAGGAUCGCUGAGGAAGGGGUUCGGGAAGGAUAAGGAGUAGUAGCAAAGUAAAGUAUUGCCGGGGCUCUGUCUCCCUUUUCUUUUUUCCUGCACAUUUUUGCAUGUUUUUCGUAUUUUAAAUUUUUCUUUUCCUUUUUCCUCCCUCUGCUAUCACUCGGCUAUAGUUCUACGUGAAUUGGAAAUGGGGCCGGGCCCUCUUUUUUCCUAGACACAAGUAGUCAACGCGGCAGCCGACCGACAGCUCAUUAUACUCGUACAGUAUCGCACUGGUUCACUAUUUAAUUUACGAUAGGAGAAAAGGUUAGGAUAUGAUUUCCAGGCUCUCCAGCACCGGUUGGCCGUCCCGCCACGCCCAUACGAG